AAUGUUAUCUCACGCCCAUCCCAAACGCAGAAAGCCUAACAUUUCAGCAUUUUCCCCUGCAAAUUUUCACGCUGUUCUGCUCUCUAAUGGCGCCCGAAGCUCUCCAACAAGUAGAAGAAACCAUUUUUCGGUCGAAGCUUCCAGACAUAUACAUUCCGAAACACCUCCGUUUACAUUCUUAUUGCUUUGAGAACCUAUCCCAGGUGUCCUCCUGGCCAUGUCUGAUUAAUGGUGGAACAGGGGAAGUGUACACUUAUGCGGAUGUCGAGCUCACCGCCCGCCGGAUUGCCUCCGGUAUAAACAAGGUCCGCGUUAACCAAGGGGAAGUGAUUAUGCUCUUGUUGCACAGUUGCCCUGAAUUCGUAUUGGCCUUCCCCGGAGCUUUUUUCCGGGGUGCCAUCGCCACAGAAGCGAACCCGUUUUUCACUCCGGUAGAGAUUUCAAACCAGGCAAAAGCGUCGAAAGCAAAAGUUAUAAUCACGCAGGGGUGUUACGUUGAGAAAGUCAAGGAAUUUGCGGAGGAAAAUAACGUUAAGCUGGUGUGUAUUGACUCUGCUCCGGACGGCUGUUUGCAUUUCUCCGAACUGAGGAAUUCCGAUGAGAACGAUUUGCCCGAUGUGGAAAUCAAUCCCGACGACGUUGUGGCUCUUCCGUACUCGUCGGGAACCACUGGGUUCCCCAAAGGGGUGAUGCUGACGCACAAGGGUCUGGUCACUAGUGUGGCGCAGCAGGUCGACGGCGAGAAUCCCAAUUUGUAUUUCCACAGCGAGGACGUGAUCCUCUGUGUUCCGCCGCUGUUCCACAUCUACGCGCUCAAUUCGAUUAUGCUCUGUGGGUUGCGGGUCGGGGCGGCGACUCUGAUUCUGCAGAAGUUCAAGUUCGAGAUCGAGAAAUUGUUGGAGCUGAGACAGAAACAUAAAGUGACGAUAGCGCCGAUGGUACCCCCGAUUGUCCUGGCGAUCGCCAAGUCAACGGACACCGAUAAAUACGACUUGUCGUCGGUGCGAAUGAUGAAGUCCGGCGCUGCCCCCUUGGGGAAGGACCUCGAAGAUGCUGUUCGAGCCAAGUUUCCCGGUCCCAAACUUGGACAGGUACAGUCUUUUAUCUCUUAUUUUUAAUACUCAUUGAUGACAAAUAAUAAAAACAAUAAUAUAGAUAAAGUGUUUUA